CGAACCACUGGAGAAAUAAUCUUGGAUCAAGAUAGAUAUUCCAUUUCUUGUAAUAAAAAACAACAAAUUCGAUCUAUCUAUGAACCAUUUAUUUUCUUGCAAGAGUUUCUUGAAGAUUUUCCCGAAAAAGCCAACAUCUUGGAUGGGCGAAUUAGAGAUUUAGCAUAUGAAGCAGAACAUAUUAUUGAGUCUUUCAUAUUGGACGAAGCUCCAUCACAUUGGUGGAACGUUUUAGCUGCCAAAUCAAAGCUAAAAUUAUGGCAAAUAAGAAAGAUAAGAAAAGAAACAGAUUCAAUCACAAGGGAGGUGAUGAUCAUCAAGAAUAACAGUGCAGUUGCAGUACAACUUGGUGCUUCUUCUUCCGCAGCAGCAGGUUCACCAUCCAGAUCUGCACCGAUCAUCAAGAUUAGCUAUAUGGUUGGUUUACAUGAAGAUUUGCUAACAAUAAAAUCUCGACUCUGUGGAGAAUCGCCAAAUUUAGAAGUUAUCCCAAUCGUUGGGAUGGGAGGUAUAGGAAAAACUACUCUUGCAAAGUGUGUUUACGACGACCCACUAACAGUGCAGCGGUUCGAUAUUCGUGUUUGGGUCACAGUAUCACAGGAAUACAAUGCAGAUGUAGUUUUAUCAGCCCUCCUAGCUUCCAUGGAAGAGUUUGAUAAAGAUAGAUCCGAGGAGAGCAAAGAUAGAUCCAAGGAGGAAGAAGAAUUGCCUGGGGCGAAAGUGCACAAGAUCUUGAAAGGCAGGAGAUAUCUCCUUGUAAUGGAUGAUAUUUGGAGCACACACGCUUGGGAUGAUGUAAGAAUUAUACUUCCCGACGAUGGUAAUGGAAGCCGAGUCAUGUUAACGACAAGAGAAACUGAUGUGGCUGCUUAUGCAUGUCGUUUGAGCUGUCCCCACAAGAUGCGUUUCAUGGAUGAGGCUCAGAGUUGGAAGCUACUUCAGCAGAAGGUGUUUGCACAUCAAGAUUGCCCUCCGGAGUUGGAGAACAUUGGAAAGGAGAUCGCGAGAAGUUGCAAAGGGCUGCCACUCGCAAUCGUGGUGGUUGCAGGGCUCUUAUCAGCGGUUAGCACCAAUGUAGCUUCAUGGAGCGAAAUUGCGAGAAAUGUAAAUUCAGUUACUAUAGGAGGAGGACAAUUUGAAAAUAUAUUGUCUUUGAGUUACACUCACUUGCAUCAUUAUCUGAGGCCAUGUUUCUUGUACAUGGGAAUGUUUCCGGAGGAUUGUGAGGUCCGUGUCUCAAAACUCACCAAAUUAUGGGUAGCUGAGGGAUUCUUGAGACGUCUGAACAGAUCUAAAACCUUCGAAGAAGAGGCUGAAGAUUUUUUGGAGGAUCUUGUCAAGAGAAAUCUUGUUUUGGUUACCAAGAGAAAGUGCGAUGGCAGGAUCAAAAGUUGCAGCCUCCAUGAUCUUAUGCGAGAUUUGUGCAUAAGAAAAGCGCAUGAAGAGAAGUUUCUUGUGAACUUCAGCAGUGGGCUUUCAGUAAAGGGCAGAAAAAAUCAGCGUCGUGUAAGUUUUACUCCUUUGGGUUUACCAUACCUCUCAGAACUUUAUGGCUUAACCAUCCGUACGAUUUUGUGCUUCCAUGGCAUCUCUGUAGCAAACAUGUUGGAAGGUUUUAGAUUGCUAAGGGUAUUGGAUGCAGGAGAUGUUUAUGUGAGAUCACUACCAGAUCAACUAUUUGACCUAUUUUAUCUAGCAUACCUUGCUAUCUGCUAUCUUGGAAGGAUACCUACAGCCAUUUCAAAGCUUCAUAAUCUUGAAACUUUAAGCUUUUGCGCAAAGAAUAAUUGGAUGAACUUUAUUACAUCGAAUUCAUUCUGUUUGCCUCUGGAGAUUUGGAGGAUGCCAAGAUUGAGACAUCUUGUCUUCUAUGGCAGGUUACCAAAUCCAGAAGGAAUAACAGCUUCUAGUCUAGAAAACCUCCAAACACCCUCUAUAGUGUCACAUACCAUGUGUAGUGAAAGGAUCUUGAGAAUGAUCCCAAACCUAAAGAAAUUGGAAAUUGAUUGCUCUGAUGGCGAAAUUUUCCUCAACAAUUUGGUGCAUCUGCGUCAACUUGAAGAUUUGAAGUUACGUUCAUCUUUUGGAAUUGUGUUUAACCAUAAGGAUAUCUUCAUUUUCCUAAGUCUCUGGGAAAGUUGA